AUGCGGAGAGCUGCAGAGGAUGGGAGUGCAGGACAGGAAGGCUUGGCUUCACAACAUAGGGAAAGCAUCAGCUGGGAUAUUAACGACAUCAAACUCCCCAAGGAUGUGAAACAAACCGACUGGUUUCAAGAAUGGCCGGAUUCCUAUGUAAAGUGCAUCUAUAACGCUGAGGACAAAAAUGCGCAGAGGCACCUGAGUAGCUGGGCAAUGAGGAACACCAACAAUCACAAUUCUCGCAUCUUAAAGAAGUCUUGCCUUGGCGUCGUGGUCUGUAGUAACGACUGCUCGACCCCUGAUGGGGGGAAGAUGUAUCUCAGGCCAGCCAUAUGUGAUAAGGCCAGGCAAAAGCAGCAAAAGAAAUCAUGUCCUAAUUGUAAUGGACCUUUGAAGCUCAUUCCCUGCCGGGGCCAUGGUGGGUACCCUGUAACCAACUUUUGGAGACAUGAAGGACCCUUUAUAUUUUUCCAGUCAAAGGGGGCACACGAUCACCCGCGACCUGAAACAAAAUCAGAGGCAGAAGCAAGAAGGUCGAUACAAAAAGCCAACACAUCAGCUUCUGCAAAACUUAAGCGGAACAGAGAUACGGAGAAUGCCUUGCCCAUCAAAGGCAACGAGUGGCACGCCGAAGAGGAAAGAAAAUACACCAAUCUGGACCGCUGCCCCAAUGAGAUGUGUUUUAACUUGUUCCCUUUACGGUGA